AUGAAUUUGGAAAAUGGGCUACAGCUAAAAGCCGGAGCUUUUGCUCUAGGCGUGCUGGCUCAUAGCGUCUACUUUCGCCCUGGCGAGCACCACCUCCAUCCAAUCCGAUAUCUCUAUGCAUACGGUAGCUUAGGGAUACUGAUUGCUGCAAUCCUCUAUUAUGCGCAGAAUAUCUCUCUUACUCGAGCAAGCACCGUAUCCCUGAGCCUAAUCUCAACACAUCUGCUGGGCCUAUACUGCAGUCUCAUCAUCUACAGAGCGUUGCUUCAUCCGCUCAGACGAUUUCCCGGCCCCCUUGGUGCACGCCUGUUUGGAUUCUGGCUACCAGCAAAGCUUCUUCACCGUCCCCUCUACCAGGUUCUCGAAGAUCUGCAUAAGAAUUACGGACCGUUUGUACGCAUAGGGCCCUCAGAUCUAUCCAUAACCCACCCGGACGCCGUCAAUAUCAUCUAUGGAUUUAAAUCCGUGUGCACUAAAGCGCCCUUCUAUGAUCUCGGUGCACCAGUGCAAUCAUUACAUGCACAUCGGGACAAGGAAGCUCAUGACCAACGACGGAGAGUAUGGAGUCUAGGGUUCAGCGAUAAAUCACUUCGAGUAUACGAGAAACGCAUUCAAGUCUACCGACAAAAACUGAUCGAUCUUUUAACGUCAGCCGGUGAUGAUCAACCCAUCAACAUCAGCAAUUAUCUCACAUGGUACAGUUACGAUGUGAUGGGCGACUUGGCUUUUGGUAGAACUUUUGGCAUGCUAGAUGCUAGUGCCAACCACUGGGCAAUACAGAUCUUGAACGACAUGCUGAAGCCGUUGGAAUAUUCAGUGCCUAUAUGGGCCCUUCGACUGCUGGGCUCCCUACCGGGGAUGAAUGAGGAUGCGUUGAGAUAUGAGGAAUUUAGUCAUCGGCGUCUGAAGACGAGAAUGGAGGAAAAGCCCGAGAUGCCCGACAUCAGCUCAUCACUGCUCGAGGAGUUGCAAGGACGAGACCCUACAACGAAAGAAUACUAUCAGUUGCUUGGAGAUGUUGAAUUGAUAAUUGCAGCAGGAAGUGACACUACCGCGGCAGCCCUAAUCACCGUUAUUUACGAGCUGGCCAAACACCCAGUACAUGUGGACAUAAUCCGCGAAGAGCUUAGCCUAUGUGCUGUCGAGCCUAGUGGAGAGUAUAUGCACGAGAAAAUAGCAGGUCUAAGACAUCUAAAUGGAUUCAUCAACGAGGUGCUCCGCCUACAUCCACCAAUUGGAAGCAUUAUCCCCAGAAAGACACCACCGGAAGGUAUCACUAUCGGGGACACCUACAUACCAGGAAACAUGACGGUCUCCUGCCCGCAAUGGGUAAUCGGAAGAUCCGAUCUCUUCUACGAAAAUUCACAUCAACUCCUCCCUGAGCGGUGGUACAAAUACCCUGAGGCGAUGAAGCAUAAAUCUGCGUAUGCUCCUUUUUCAGUCGGCCCCUACGCCUGCAUCGGCAAGCCACUAGCACUCAUUAACAUGAGAACAACUGUUGCCCGUAUAAUAAUGGCAUUUGACUUGCAACUGCCAUUGGACGAUGACGGCACAUUACUCGAUAAGAAUAUGAAGGAACAUUUUUCUAGCUACGUCGAGGGCAUCUACAUUAUUUUUAGGAAACGGUCUCAGAACUUCCAGACAGAUUAG